AUGGUCAGCCGAAAGAAACUAUUGAUUCUCGCAGGAGAUCAUGUUGGCCCUGAAAUUAUACAGGAGGCAAUUAAGGUGUUGGGCGUGGUCGCAGAAUUACGCCCAGAUAUAAAAAUCGAUAUAGAACAUGGUUUAAUUGGUGGAUCAAGCUUGGACGCUCAUGGGGUCCCUAUUUCUGAUCAGACAUUGGAAAAUGCCGCGUCAAGCCAUGCAGUAUUGUUAGGGUGCGUUGGAGGUCCCGAAUGGGAGGGCGUUCCCGGCCACCUAAGACCGGAAAUGGGUGUUUUGAAGCUGCGAAAGCGUCUUGACGCCUUUGCGAAUAUCAGGCCGUGUCGAUUCUUCGCACCUAGUCUCAUUGACCGAUCUACGCUAAAGCCAGAGAUUGUGGCGGGCGUCGAUUUUACUGUUGUUCGAGAAAAUUGCGGUGGUGCCUACUUCGGGGCCAAGGACGAACGUGAAGAUAUCGGUUCCGACCUCUGGGUGUAUGAGAAGGCGGAAAUCGAACGUUGUGCGCGUGUAUCGGCGGCCUUGGCCAUGCAACUCAGUGAUUGCGGAAAGAAGAGAGUGGUUUGGAAUGCAGACAAGGCCAAUGUUCUUGCUAGCAGCCGCAUCUGGCGAAGGAUAACUCAUGAGACAUUCAGUCGAGAAUUUCCUGAGCUGAAAUUAAAGGAUCAGCUCGCAGACAGUAUGGCUAUGCUGUUAGUGAAGUCUCCCACCAAAUUUAACGGAAUUAUCCACACGGACAACACUUUCGGUGAUAUUCUAUCCGAUAUCUCAGGUGGAAUCAUUGGAUCACUAGGUGUCCUCCCUAGCGCUAGUAUUUCCUCUGUGCCUGGCCAAGGCCCUUGCAAAGGUGUUUACGAGGCCGUUCAUGGAAGCGCGCCGGAUAUUUCAGGCAAAGGCAUCGCCAAUCCUGUGGGACAAAUCCUCAGCCUUGCACUGUUGCUCAAGUAUUCCUUUGGGAUGGCAGAAGAAGCAGUUCGUCUUGAAAAGGCGGUGCAAAUAGUCCUAGACUCGAGUGACCACCAGGGGCUGGGUAUCAGGACCCCUGAUCUUGGAGGCUCAGCUUCCACCAAGGAGGUUGGAGACGCAAUAUGCGCUGUCUAUCGUGCCGGCUUUUCUUAA